GCUUCAAAUGCGGCGCAAACAUGGGCACCGAGAUGCUCCACCUUGACAUGGCCAUGGACCUGGACGCUGGCAGACAGAUCGACCCCGACGUGCAAGCCACGCUCAGCGACUUCCUCACCUACAGCGAGCACCUUCCUUCGACCGUCACGCGCAGUCUGUUCCUCAUCCAGAGCCUGAACCGCAAGGCCGACGACCUGCAGCUCGAGAUCCACGACCUCUUGUGUAAAUACAGCAACCUCCCAGAAGCCCCGGCCGAUGCGACCGACGCGCCCGAUCCCGUCCAGUUGCGCAGGGACAUCAGCCAUGCCUACAACUCGCUGGAGAAAUGCAAGCGCAUGUCGGCUGCUGAAGCGAACCGCCUCGAAGAAACCGUCGUCAAAGAUGCAACAAAGUUGCAGCUUGUCCAGAAGAAACUGAAGGCUCUGCCCCUCCCACCUGAACGCGAUGCGACACCGGAUCCUGCUCUUAGCUCUCCCCAACUGAGAAGGAAUGCCCAAGCACAACAGCAAGCCGACAAGCGUACUGCUCAGCAUCGCACCGGUACCGCUCCACGCGUGCGAGCUCAGAAAAUAGUCGUCCCUGGCGAGGUCCUGCCUCCUCCAAAUCCAGACUCCCCUCCACCAUCCGACUUCUCGCCCUCUCCUUCUCCUCCACCUCGUUCUCCCAACCAUGACAAAUCUCGCAAUAACAACAAAGCUGCUGGAAGGCUUCCAAAGACUCCUAAACUUUCGAAGCCUGCAACAGAGCCAAAAGAAGCCACACAAAAACCNCCUCGCGUGCGCCUUCCUGGUUCUUCUGGCACAAACGCACACUCAGCCGUUGCCGGCAUCAGUACUUCGAACGCACUGAUGGCUUUGACCGCUCCACCUCCGGACGCAGCUCCUGGUAGCAAGUGGCUGCCGUGGAAGAGACUGACCGAGUACGAGAUGGCCACGUUGCGCAAAAGGAUGAAGAAGAAUGCCAUUUGGCUCCCAUCACCUGCCAUGAGAAACCGUGAGCUGAAGAACCUGGGCCGAGGUGUUGCUGCUAUGGAGGAAGCCNNAAAGGUGUGUUUGAUACAUGCUUGUUACCUCUACUUUAUACUGACAUUAUCCACAGCUGCUGCCGAAGCCUCAGGCCAGGACUUUGUUGACGAGUUUGACCCCCUCGCAUGGACGGACCCCACUUGCAUCCACAUCACCGAUGCCCAACAGGCCGAGACUGCCAAAAUGCUUGGACCAGAGCUGCCGGAUGACAACCAGGACGCCGCACUCAUCAAUCGUGGCAUGCGUCUGAACGAGGCCAAAAAGCUCAAACGCGAAAAACUCAAGGCUGAAGAGGCCAUACGAUUGCAAGAGGAGGCCGAGGCUGGCUUGCAACCUCCUACAGAGCAGAACAAGGAGAAGAAGACUCCGCAAAAGACACAGCCAAAGUCAAAGCCACAAGCCCAAGCGCAACCACGAUCGCAAACGCAACCACCACCAGCCAAGCCAGUCGAGCCACCUCAGCCUGAGCCUGAGCCCGUCGCGGAACAGCAGGACAUGAAUCAAGCACCUGUUGUCGAACAACCAGCACCCGCACACGUGUCAAAAGACAAGCCCGAGCCAAAACAGAAGAAGCAGUCUAAACAAAAGUCUGCGCCUGCGUCAGAAGUCGUCCAACCUGAGGAUCCGCCUGCCAUGCAAGCACCCGCCCAGCCCGAACCUGUCACCGAGUCAUUCGCCCCACCAGAGACGGCUCACAAUGCUGAACCCGAGGCAUUCGUUGAACCUGUCACCACCAGAAAGCGCAAACGAGAUGCUGCUACUCCUGCCGCAGCACCUCCUCCAUCUGAGCCUCUCGUGGAAUCACCUGACGUUCUCUCGCUUCCUCGUAACGCACCACAGCCUAAGAAAAUCAAACUGAGCGUUACUGCUCCACCAGCAUCAGACACACCUACGAUUACCAUUUCUACUCGUGCCCUUGCUGCUGCGAAAGACGCCCCAUCUCCCAGCAACGCCAACACGCCUGUAGCCUCUAGUCCACGAAUCUCGGCAAGACAAAGGACACAGCGCAGCCAGCGCAGUUCUGCACAGCCCGAGCUUCAGGCCGGCCCAAGUGAAGCAGUCACUCAGACCCCAGCUGCGAACACAAGAACAGCAAGACCCACGACAAUCACACUCAAGCAUUCCGCUACCAAGGCUGCGUCAGCUGAGCCAGCCAAUACGCGUCAAAGUUUACGUCGUGUUUCCAACGCUUCGCUUCCCGGCUCUGCAAACAACAAGCUCCGGUCUCCUGCGCCUGGCAAUGUCGCUGGUGCUGCAGAACCCAGUAUCGGAAGGCGGCCUACUCGCAGGAAGCCGCCCCAGGGCGUUCUACGAGCUGAAGAAAAUGGUACAAAGGUUAUAGUAGGCGAACCAAAGAGUGCUUCCAAGAAGAAGAAGAGACAGGCCAAGGAAGAGGCUGCCACUCCUGCCUUCGAAGAUGAGCUGAUCGAUCCUGAUGAGCCACGCUAUUGUAUUUGUGGAGACGUCAGUCAUGGCACCAUGAUUGCCUGCGACAAUGAUAGUUGGUUCCAUCUCGAAUGUGUCGGCCUUACGGAGCUCCCUGGAAGGAGAGCCAAAUGGUACUGUCCAAUCUGCCGCGAGAAGCUCAAGAUUGGAUUGGACAAAAGUGGCAUUGUCGGA